AUCUAAUUUUAGAAUCAAAUUGGCGUGUUUUGUAUAUUCGCGUGUACCGUGCGGAUCUCCAUGUAGUAAUUUAAUAAAUUAUUACAAUUCGUUUAUACGUUAAAAUAUGUUAUAUAAAACUAGCAACGUGUAUUUUCUUAAUGUAAUUUGAAUGAGUACUAAAAGAUUACAGUCUUUAUGCGAAAGAAGUGUAUUUUUGAGGUUACCAUUCGUUACUCUAUAUGAAGUUAUAAAAAUAAAGUUUUAUUGAAUCUUUAUCAAAGUGUUUUAUUUAUGAAAUAAAUUUUAAAUUAUUUGUGCUUAAAUACGAAUAUGUCAUUAAUCUGUGGAAAAUUAUGUUCCUGUAUUUUGUAUGAACAUUUCGGGCAUAUUGUACAAACUGUAGGGGAUGAUUUAUUUAAAUAUGGUACAAAACCAUACAGCUUAAUUCGUCACACAACACAUCUUCCUUUAUCAAAAAUCAAAGAAGCAUUAUGUGUUUUAAUAAAGUAUGAUUUAGUCACACAUCGUCAAACAGAAAGGGGAAUGGAGUAUUCUUUAGCUUAUGAAAAGGUCCUAAUGAUCCUCCGUUAUCCAAGGUAUAUGUUCUUUGUAAAAACAGUUUGUGGAGACCAAGCUGAAAUGAUGUUUGAAGAAGUAUUAAAACAUGGAUAUAUAUCAGCUUCCGAAUUAAUCAUAAAAACAUACGGAAGAAUUGAAGAAUUGCCUUCUAACGUGCAGCCAUCGGUAGUAGUUUUACAUGAAAAAUUUGAAUUACUAGUUAAAAAUCAGUUUCUGAUGCGUAGUUUGUAUUGUGAAACAACUGAAGAAAUUGCUAAAGAGAAGCCUGACUUUAGAAUUCCAGAUCUUAAUUUAGCUGCAAUUACACAGCGAUUAGGAGGAGAUAACGUUGAUGCUGGAGAUAGUAAAAUGUAUUGGAAAGCCAAUUUCGAUCGUUUUAGUCAAGACCUUAGGGAUCAAAUUAUUGUAUCAGCUAUGCGCAAUAGACUUGACGAAAAUGCGGCAGAGUUGAUGAGGCAGUUAUUGUUCCUUAUGUAUUUACGAACAGCAUCAUGGGCAGAUACAUCCAAUCCGAUACCUCUUAGUGAAAUAAAAGACGUAAUUAGAAAGAUUAAUUACCCAGUUCUUACACAGUACCUAGAUCAAUAUUUACGUCUUAUCGAGGAAGAUACUAGUCAUUUUUUAAAACGAGUCGGGGACUCGGGUGGCGGUCAGUAUAGCGUAAACAUGAUGGAAGCUUUCAAGCAAUUAGCGUGGACAACUUUAGAAAAUAUCGUUAUGGAGCGAUUCGGUACCAAAGCAGCUAGAAUUUUUAGGUUAGUACGCGAUAGAAAAUACAUCGAACAAGAACGAAUCCAACAGUUAGCCAUGAUUCCCGCCAAGGAAGCGAAAUAUUUGACGUACACCUUAUUACAAGAGAAUUACCUGCAGGUGCAGGAGAUAAAGAAACCGGGAGUAUCAACAGCGCCAAUGAAAACGUUCUUUUUAUUUCAUAUUGAUUUGAACAUGGUAGUUCGCAUGGAGGUAGAACAUUGUUAUCAGGCACUGUACAAUACUAUGCAGAGGCGGGAAUACGAAGUAACUAGUAAUAAGCGAAUGAUAGAUAAACAAUUACGAAUGCAGACUCUUACGAGUAAUUUGAAGGAACACGGCGCCACCGAAGAACAAUUGGCAGAAAUCGCGGAAUUGAUGACACCUUCCGAGAAACAACAGUUGGAGAAAGUUCAAAAUACGAUUAAGAAACUCGGCGUCACAGAAUUGCAGAUAGACGAUACUCUAUUUCUGUUAACAAUGUAUCUACGUUAUCACUGAAUAAAAACAUAUUAUUUUAUAUACAU